CGGCUGAUAAUUCUCGUUGACACUUCGUCGGAGAAAAUGGCGGCUGGAGUGAGACAGGAGCUUGCACAACUUAUGAAUUCAAGCGGAUCUCACAAAGAUCUCGCUGGAAAAUAUCGACAGAUUCUGGAGAAGGCCAUCCAAUUCACAGAUGCAGAACAAUUGGAAUCAUUAAAAGCAUUCGUCGAAGCAAUGGUCAAUGAGAAUGUCAGCUUAGUGAUCUCUAGACAGCUGCUGACAGACUUCUGCACAAACAUACCCAGUCUUCCUGACAGCACAGCCAAGUCAGUUUACCACUUCACACUAGAGAAGAUACAGCCCAGGGUCAUCUCAUUUGAAGAACAGGUGGCCUCCAUCAGACAGCACUUAUCCACCAUCUAUGAGAAGGAGGAGGACUGGAGAAACGCUGCUCAAGUUCUAGUGGGCAUUCCUCUGGAGACAGGACAGAAGCAGUACAACGUAGACUAUAAGUUGGACACGUACCUGAAGAUCGCCCGUCUGUACCUGGAGGAUGAUGACCCUGUUCAGGCCGAGGCCUACAUCAACAGAGCCUCUCUGCUCCAGAACGAGUCCACCAACGAACAGCUACAGGUCCACUACAAAGUGUGCUACGCCAGAGUGUUGGACUACAGGAGGAAGUUUAUCGAGGCUGCACAGCGGUACAACGAGCUCUCUUACAAGUCCAUCGUCCACGAGACAGAGCGUCUAGAGGCCCUGAAGCAUGCUCUUCAUUGCACCAUCCUGGCAUCAGCAGGCCAGCAACGCUCCCGUAUGUUAGCCACCCUGUUUAAAGACGAGCGCUGUCAGCAGCUGGCGGCCUACGGCAUCCUAGAGAAGAUGUACCUGGACCGCAUAAUCAGGGGGAACCAGCUGCAGGAGUUUGCUGCCAUGCUUAUGCCCCACCAGAAAGCCACCACUGGGGAUGGCUCCAGCAUAUUGGACAGAGCUGUUAUUGAACACAACCUGCUGUCUGCUAGCAAACUUUACAACAACAUCACGUUUGAAGAGCUAGGGGCGCUUCUGGAGAUCCCUCCCGCUAAGGAUGAUUAUCUCCAUGGUGAGGUCCCUGGUUACAGAUGCAGUCUGGCUGAGAAGAUCGCCUCCCAGAUGAUAACAGAGGGACGCAUGAACGGCUUUAUUGACCAGAUAGACGGAAUCGUCCACUUUGAGACACGGGAGCCCCUGCCCACCUGGGACAAGCAGAUCCAGUCUCUAUGUUUUCAGGUGAACAACCUGCUGGAAAAGAUCACUGCUGCUGCUCCUGAGUGGACAGCCCAGGCCAUGGAGGCUCAGAUGACCCAGUAGACUGACUGACAACCCCUGGCCUGGAACACUCCACAUGAUCACCCACACCAGGCACACCCCCUGGCCUGGAACACUCCACAUGACCACCCACACCAGGCACACCCCCUGGCCUGGGACAUCUCACAUGACCACCCACACCAGGCACACCCCCUGGCCUGGGACAUCUCACAUGAUCACCCACACCAGGCACACCCACUGGCCUGGGACAUCUCACAUGAUCACCCACACCAGGCACACCCACCGGCCUGGGACAUCUCACAUGACCACCCACACCAGGCACAUCCCCUGGCCUGGGACAUCUCACAUGACCACCCACACCAGGCACACCCCCUGGCCUAGGACAUCUCACAUCACCCCACACACCAGGGCACACCUGGCCUGGAAUACCCCACACACCAGGGCACAUCUCACAUGGCACCCUACUCCCUAUUCACUAUGGAGGGUGCGAUUUUGGCUGGGUGGCUGGGCUAAGUGCAAAGUUUUGUAAGAUCGUACUGUACUGAAGACUGCAAACACGAAAUUGUUCAGUUGAAACCAGCUGAAGCCAAAUUCUGUUGUAUUUUGGCAGGGGUUAAUAGAGCUUAGCCGAGCGCCCGGCCUUAGUAGUGGUAGGGGAAACACUGGCCACUCCUCCCCACAUACUCUCACUCUCUCUCUCACUGUCUCGCCCAUCUAAGUGUGAGACAUGUUCCAAUCUGGUACUUCUCUAGCAUGUUUCUCAGAAGAAGGCUGCUGUAUAUUAUGCUUGGAGUUUACCAUUCAUCUUUCUAGGACUAAUAAAUGGAUACUUGAAUCCAUAGGCUCAUCAAGUUACCAGUGGUUGCAAUCUCAUAUAUACUUUGAUUUCAUGUAAUACAAACCAGAGAACGCAAACAUUGAUGUCCCACGACGAAGGUGUUAGUGAUUCUAUUUGAAAUGUGAAAGACACACAGGCCAUGCCUACCGCCACUUAAUUUGUUGCUGUAUUCUUGUACAAUGAUUUUGUUACAUUCUGUUUGGAAACAUUUUGUCAGACCUGGAGUGCAACUUCAACAAAGAGAUGAAUAAAUCAAAAAAUAAGUCAGUG